AUGGAUAAGAAAAUAUCUGUACAACUUAAUGGGUCCAGAAAAAUUAUCGGAAUAUUAAAAGGAUAUGAUAUAUUUUUAAACAUUACAGUAACCAACGCGUUGGAAGUGGAUUCCAAAGGUGAACAUUUGAACAUUGGUGUAACGGUAUGUCGAUUAUUUCAAGGUUAUCAUCACAUAUGUCCAGUUUGA